GUUGUCAGCUGCACGAUGGCAACGUUGGUCUGUGUUCGCUCGUUCUGCUGCCGCCGUCGUUUCUGAGCGGUGGGCCGGCCCAAACGUUGGACCGUCCGUUGCGCGGAUACCACGAGUCUCUCUCUCUCUCUCUCCUCUCGCGCGCACGCUCUCUCUCUCUUUCUUUGUGUCUCUCUCUCUGUCUCUCGCGCGCGCUUUUACGCCUCGUCCCCGAGAGCUCGUCGUUCGGAAAUCGAGUCUCAACGGCCGCGUUUCGGAAACGAAAGCAGCGAACCGACGACGCGUCGCGUCUCCGUCAACGACGUGACGCAGCAGCCGACGAGAAGUGAGCCAAGAAGAAAAGGAAGAAGAAGAAGAAGAAGAGGACUCCGAGGCAGAUCGCAGCAAUCGCGCUCGAUCACACUCCUCGAUCGCGGUGCCGCCCGCGGACGUCCAAUCGUCUUAACCAACCUACCCCACCGAUUCAGGAACGACGAACGGCGACGAACUACAAAGGAUAACACGAAGGAUCAGCUCUCGAGAGCGACCGACUGAUAACCCACGAAGAUCUCUCUCCGUCCAAGGACCCGGCGCAGCUAUACCAUACUACGAAACGACACUGCGCGGGUCACCAAAAAAAAGCACAAGUGAUAUUUCUAACUAAUAGUUAACGCUUAGUUUAGAGCUUAGAGGAGCCGAAACCGACUCGCGAAACCCGUCUCUUUGUAUAUACAAAUGUCGAAUACUCGAGCCGUAAUAUCCAGUGCUCCGAGGUCCAAGUGACGCGAAGUGUGGUCAACGCACGUCGCUAUAAUCCUGCGAUCGCGUGGACCAGGACGCACACACGGUAACGGGACGGCGAGGUAACGGCUACGUCGAGUGAUACACCGGGUGUGUACGUGUACGUGCGUGCGUGCGUGUGCGUGCGUUUCUUGUGCGUGCGCGCAACAUGAGAGCGGCCAGGCAUCUACUGCAUCUGCAAGUACCGACCCGCACCAACAAUGGCAAGUUCCUGGUCGGUCCCAACGGUAGUCAGGAUCAGCAGCCGUCGCCGCAGCAACAGCAGCAGCCAACCAACGACGAGAGUAACACGGUGGUGUCGCCGAGCUGCGUCUUCUCGAGCUGUGAGUCGGUGCCCACCGACCUUCACGGGGGCCCGACCAUACUGGGGGAUCGAUUCCUGCUUCUUGGUCCGGCCGAGGGUAGCGCUCUUUAUCGGUGCCUCGACGUACACAAUGGUCAGCAGCUCGUUGCCAAGGCACUGACCGUGGGCGACAAAGGUUGCGAGGCGUUGCUGCAGGCCCACCUUCGUCUGGAGGGCACCGGCGCGGCGAGCGGCGUGGCUGGCGUGGUGGAGGCACCUGGAGGCCGGCGCUAUCUCCUCUUGGAGGGCCACCACGGUGACCUGCACGCCUACGUAAGGGCACGCAGGAGGCUGCGUGAGCCCGAGGCGAGACGGCUGUUCCGGCAGGCGGCCAGGGCCGUGGCGACGUGUCACGAAUACGGGGUCGUGCUAAGAGACCUCAAGCUUCGGAAGUUUGUCUUCGCUGAUGAAGCGAGAACGCGGCUUCGCCUGGAGAGCCUCGAGGACGCGGUGAUCGUGGAGAACGACGACGACAAGCUGACCGACCGACGCGGCUGUCCGGCGUAUGUUGCGCCGGAAGUGCUGCGCUCCGGACGCGCCUAUUCCGGCAAGGCGGCGGACAUCUGGUCGCUGGGCGUGCUGUUGUACACGAUGCUGGUGGGCCGUUAUCCGUUCAACGACGCCGAGCACGCGUCCCUCUUCGCCAAGAUCUCGCGCGGCCUGUUCGCCGUACCGGAGGGCCUGAGCCCGCGUGCCAAGUGCCUGAUCCGCUCGCUGCUGCGAAAGGAGCCGUCCGAGCGACCGUACGCCGAGGACGUGCCGCUGCACCCGUGGCUGUCGAAGCCGCUGCGGUUGUACACGCCUACGUCCGGCAGCAGGUCCUCGUGCCAGGACCAAAUCGUACCAGAGCUAUCUAUUACUCCUCAACAAGACUGACUCUCUCUCUUUCGGGGGAAGGAUCAUUAUUCCGCGCGUGACGGCAUCACACUCUCUCUCAUCCUAGUGCUUCUCUCGCGCCGACAGCCGGAUCGAGUCCUCCGGCCGAGAGGGGGGAGUUGGCGCAAUCAAAAGAAGAAGGAGGACGAAACGAUUUUCUUUUAACACAUUGGCUGUGCCCGUAGCGAAUAGCGGAUAAGCUCGGCGAAAAGCGAAAACAUGUCUUGUACAUGUAUAUCAAAAUGUUCUUCGACUAAUACGCGCAAAAUCGAAUGAAACUGUUAUCAAAAGAGCAAUAUUCAGUAAAAAAUUUUAUCUACAAAUGAUUUGCAAAUUGAGAAAUAUAUAUAUAUAUCCUGACAGUCAAUGUGUUAAUGGCAGCUGAAUUUACACGCUUCGCUCACAUAAGUUCGAGUCGCGCAGUCUCCAACUUGGAUCGAAAAAGUCGAAUCGAUCCUUGCUUCGCGCGGAGACGCGCGGCUAAGUACGGUUAAGGAUGUGUUGGAUCCUCCUCUUUUCGCCGGCGAGGAUACGGCCUAGAAAAUAAGCUUCGAAGAUAGAGCGUAUUAACACGGAGCGAGUGUAAUCGUUCUCGAUUGAACUUUUACGUAGGGGAGAGUAACCAAAGUCUCUAUCCUGAACACACAAUGCCCUGGAUUAUUUUCCUCAUUUAACACCUGUCACCUGCGAGUUGAACGGUCAAAGUUGGAAUCUUGAAUAAGAUGAUAUUACGUCUCAUUGUAUAAAGAUAAGCUCACUCUAGUCUAGAGACAACUCGCGGGGCACCGAACAGCGAAAGUAAUCGAGGGAAAUCCUCUGUAAAAUAGCGUCUCGAUUUUGGUCAUUCUCCGCUGGCAAUUUCGGAGGCAACGUGACGCAAGUGAUUAGUCUCUAAAAAAAAGUCUCUAUCGGCUAUAAUAGAAUCCUAGAUUCGAGAAACAUUGCCAUUACCGGUCCAAGAAAUAUUUCGCCUUGUUGCGUAUACAGAUAUAUUUGCGCGCGCGCGUGCGCGCGCACAUGCGAAUCCUUUGUGAUAGAAUCUGAGCAGAUUCUGAGCGACAUAUGUGAUACGAAAUAUACAGGUUGUUUCAUAAAGCGUCAUGCGGUUACUUGCGGUCAUCUGUCUCUGAAGUCCAUGUACAUUAAUUAUUGUAAACGAUCGAAUUCGAUGUUUGUAUUGUGCGUUAGACACACAUCCUCGACUUUCUCGAUAUUUCGCGUUGCGUAUCUAUGGUUUUUCACGCUAUACCGGCGAAUCCGCUGUUGAUACGAGUAAACAGUUAUAUAUACGAGUAAACAGUUAUAAUACGAGUAAGGGACGUGAAACCUAACGUACAUUCGAGUAUAACCGGUGAGCUUUGUAUAGUAUAGUAUCUAGUAUAAAGCGAUGAAUAUAAUGAAUGGAAUCAGAGAUUGAAUCGGAUUACAAGUUAAAAACUCGCAGUCAAAAGAGAAAAUAUAAUGAAUCGGCGCGAGAAUAAAUGAAUCGGCUAAUGACCAAACGUUACUAAAGCAGGCCGAACGAAUUCAAAUGAGUUUCUAAUCUAAAAUCCGAUUCAUUCUUCUCUGUUUUUCCUCUACACAACCGUUUACCUGUCAUCGUUAUAUCAUGGAGUCAAUCAAAUGUACUAGGCGGACAUCGAAGGAAAUUCCUCUCGUUUGAAUACGAUAAAAUUUCAUUCUCCGACCUAAAAACAUUGCCCAAAAAGUUCAAGAUUGCUUGGACGUGUGGCCUAUACAAUUAACUUUAUUAGAAAAAAAGAUAUAAAUACGUUGAACAGUAAAUUUCUAACUUAAGAACAAUAAAAGAAUACGCUUCUGGAUUACUCGUACGACAAAGAGUAUCCAUGAAUAUAUAAAAUGUGUUCAUCGAUGGCAAUGUUUUCAGGUAGAGUAAUUCUCUAGUGAAUUAUAAAAGCAAGAUUUACUCUCUUCUGACUCAGACCUCUAAAGUCAUCGCUUGCGCAAUAUAUGUACAGCUCACUAGGUUUCGAUUUUCAAAAAAAAACGAACGAAGCGAACAUUUUUGUAUCAGUUUGGGCACAUGAGGCUGUACGUCCCAUUUUGAAGAUUUUUCUCUUGAAUAAAAUUCCGAUCGAUAUAAAACUACAAAUAACUCUCGUCAGCUAUUUUCAAUAGACUUUUUAUCAUCGCAAGUCAAUUACGAAAAUAAAAUCAAGGCAGACAUUGAGAUUCUCAUUUGCAUCAAUGCUAGAUAGUGUGAUAUUUUAAUGAAGUUAUUUUUUCCUCUUCGUAUUUUAUGGUAGAGUUUGAUGUUGUAAAUCAGUAUCGAUGUUAAAUAAACCCUUUGCGACGGAUAAGUGAAUAAGUAGUGCAGCAAAAAAACCGCUGUAAAAAAACUUUGUUAAAAAAUUUUAUUGACUUGACCCCUUUACAGUCAACUAAUUUAUCUCGCAUUUUGCCUCGGUAGAGCUGAAAUCCUUGGAUUGGUCCUUAAAUCUUUUGAUGAAAACAAAGCUUGAGAAAGUUCAGCCAUUUCUAAGAAAUCUCGCAGACGGACAGACAAACGGACAGCCAGACCAAAGACUGUAAAAUUGUUAAGUAGAUUGCUACGCUGCACUACUUAAUGGAUGCUGCAGUCAUCGCUAGAUGUGCCCAAAAUAAUACUCCUGAAAUGUUUUCCGGAGUUUGAGACUAAUAGCGAAUUCGGUUGGACGCACUGUGUGUUUGAUGCACACUGGUGCACAUUAAAUAUACAUCGUAUACAAAACGUACAAAAUUGAUCCCUGCCAGCACCGUAUGUGGCAAGCAUUAUAACGUACUAAUUCAUUGCACGUUACGUUACAGUGAUGUUUCAACUGAUGUUCGUAAGUGACAUAUCACUGUCGCGUAACUAACAGUCAAAUUCCUAGUGACAGAAACGUCGUAACGUGUAUUUCAUUUUUCUUUUCUACACUCAAAUUAGAUCAGUGGUUUUAAGAACUGCUUUAAUAUGCACUAGUCUAACCGAAUUCACUAUAAAUUUAAAGCUAAGCAACCGAUUAAAAUCGCUUAUCCUACAUAAACGAGAUUAAUUCGAUAUAGGGUUUUUUGAUCCCUUUUAAACGAUGAAAUGCUUCCGAGAGAAUGGAGAAAACAAAUUUAUAGAUAUCAUCAAAUGACUUCAGAGUGCGAAUCGAAAUUCAUUAAUUUAGAUAUUCCAGAACGGUUUAAUUUAAUUUAAAUAGAAAUUUCAUAUGUAAUAAACAAUUGUAGAAUGCCGUUUGUUUCAUAAAAUAUUUAUUUUGAGGAACGUCGCUGUAAACACGAGCAUCAGCUCGAUUGUUAAUGCAAAGUUCAGCCUCAUGUGAAACUCGAAUCGAACCCGCGUCGGACGAGGCAUUUCUCGUGGCUCGUAAAACUUUUUAUUUCGGCAUCCGGAUUGAAAAAAGGAAAGCAGGGACAAUGGGGUUGUCGAUCGAUCGGGACUCCGUCUCGAUCUUUACCUCGGUCCCUCACGUUCGAAGAAAGUAUCAUGUGUUCUUGUAUAUAAAGAUACCUGUCAAUCUACCUAUUUACGCGAACUCUUUUGUAACUUCCGCGCGAGUGAAGAAAGAGAGAGAGAGAGAGAGAGAGAGAGAGAGAGAGAGAGAGAGACUCCUCUUUUCCUUUUUAUUUUAUAAUAUUCACGCACCAUAAUGGGGCACGAUAUCCCAGGUGCGGCACUAAGAUUCCUCCACGUAUCGUUCUCAGUCAGGGUACAAAACGCCGCGUGCAUCCAUCGAUGUUUAAUUUGUACAUAAGUUCGACGCGAUUAAAUCCUAUUGUAUUCAAUCACUGUCUAGGUGCGUUUAAGGGAACUUCGUUUCUGUACAUAGGUAAAAUAAAGUGGCGUUUACGAUGAAGA